AUGGAGCAAAUACCACGUUUAUCGGAGGAUGUUCUCUAUAUUAUUUCUGAAAAAUUACUUUUUAAAAAAUUUUGUGGUCUAGUUAAUUUGCGAAUUACAAAUGGUUAUACUCUUUUUAUGUAUCACAGUGCAAGAAAUAUGAGAGCGUUACUUUCUCAUUUUUCUAAAAUGAAGCGACUUGAUCUUUCAACUAUUGGCAAUGAGUGUCUUAUUGAAUUUUACAAAGAAGAAAUUCCCAAUUUUAUCUGCUCAUACCUUGUUAGCAAAAACAUGUUAUCUGGUCUUCUUGAAGCUGGUUUAUUAAACAUUUCAUACAUUCAAAUAAAUAAUCACCUUCGGAAUUUAUCCAAAAUUGAUUUUUCUGCAACAAAUAAAAAUAUUUACAAAUAUUUGGUUAAUCUUGAAGAAGGUUUAUCUGAUUCUUCUUCAUCAAUAUCUUCGAGUUUGAAUAUCUCUAGAAUUAUUAUUAAUGAACCAGCAGAAAGCAUCAAAAAACAUUUAAUUACAUUACUUUCAAUGAAUAUUGAAACUAUGGAGAUUCUUUGCUAUGAUAAUGGAAAUAUAUUUGAUUGUGAUGCAAAAACCUUCGAACUUGUUUUACUCGAAAGACCUUCAGUUCCUAUGGAACGAUCAAAGAAAAUUACAACUGAAUGUGGUAUUGAAAUUAACUCAAACUCUUCUACCAAUUUUCUCAACAAUUUAAUGAAUUAUAUACAAUUUUUACUUCUUUGCUGCCCAAAUUUAGAAUCUAUUGAAUUUGUUUUUACUUGUGAUUCGGGUUUGAAAACUGAUUUUAUUAGUGACUCUGGCUCUAACAAAUCAAUUUCUUCUGAUGAUUCUUUUUCUUUCAACUCAAUUUCGCUUAAAAAAUUUCUCUUGAAUCUUGAAUCCGUUAUUAUUUCAUUUAUUGAGCAUCUCAAAAAUUUAAAUACUGGUGGAAAAAAUUUAAAAAUCAAAGCAAAAUUUACGUCAACAUUAGAUGAAGAUACGUUUGAUAAUAUCAAUACUGACAACAAACUUUUUAAUUUGGGGAAACCUUUUGAAAUUAAAAAAGACAACGAUGAUUUAAUGGAUGAUGAUGAUGAGUAUUCAACCUAUUAUGCACGUAAUAUAGAAAUUGUUGAUUCUGUUGGAAGACAACAUAAAUGUUUGGUUAAAAUAAUUUCUGAAGAACGGAAUUAUAUGGAUUAUAAUGAUAGCAUUUAUUACUCUGGAGAUUCUGAUGAUAAUAGAUCUAUCUCAGGAUUUUCUUGA